CCCUACCAACUAAACUACGAAACCAAAAUCCUAGCUUUCAUGGCUCCCAGGAAAAAGUCUGGUUCUUCAUCAGCGUCUAAGAAAUCAAAUCAGAACAACCACCAGUCCCAACCUUCCAAGUUUGGAAUCCAGCAUUUCUUCGAGCUUCACACUCAAAAUGCCUCUCAGGCCUCCAAAAACGUCCAAGCUUCACAAACAACCGAUCCGAAGAACCCAUCCCAGAGUACGCCUCCACCCAAUCUUCCGGCAGUUGCCGCUGCUACCAUCACUACUACCGAUGCAGCAAGCAAUGCUGAAGACCACUCAACCGUGGUUUCGCCGGAAAUUAACAAAUCGGGUUCAUACAAACGUUUCAAAUUUUCACCUGGAAUGUUAAUAAAACAGAGCCAGGAUGAUGGGGGUGAUGAAGUCACAUGGAGGAUUUCUCCAGUAAAUGAGAGGCUUCAGGCGAUGUCGAAGCAUUUGCCUGAGAUGAUGAAAGCCUUGGCAGAUGCUUCCAAGCUGAAUGAUUUGAAUUUUCGACGUUGUUCACAGAAACAGAGCCCUCCUAAUUCGGUCGGGAAGCUCGAGACAUGGCUUUCUUCACCCACAAUGAAGGACCCCGAAAGAUCUUUAGUAUUGUCAAGAAGGAUUUCUCUGAAAGCAAUUGAACCAGUACGGGGAGUGGAGUUCAAUGGAAGCUGUUCGGGUGCAGAUGACCUCAACAACUCCAAUGUGGUUAAACGGCACAGCCCUUUUAGGACUCCACCCUCUGUAUCGUGUUGCUCUGAUGGGUCUGCUAAUGGCAUUUUGUGUCAAGAAGCAUCUAAUCAACUUGGUUUGCGGCAACACAGAAAGGCGCUGCUUGAUCUUUUAGAUCAAGUGGAAGAUGUCAUUGCUGUCGAAGAUACAGUGGUGAAUGAGACAGACACAUAUUUGUUCAGAAAUCAAGAUAAAAUGGAAAGAGGGAUCACUGUUGAAUCUGAUACCAUGGUGAAGAAACAAGGAAAUUUUUCACAGCAAAGGGUCAAUAGAGGUUCUUCUGAUCUAAAUUUUCUUGUAUUGGAGGUUUGUGAAAAGCGCCAAACUGAUGAAUCAUUUUCUGCCCAAUGCUCUUUUAAGGUUGUUCGUUUACUGAAUGAGCAAACUGGGGAAGAGAGGGCUUUGCAUUUGCAUGAUGAGUGGUUUUACAGCAUUAUUGGACCUGGAGACACUAUAAAUUUGAUUGGAGAAUUUGAUAAUGAAGGGGAUUAUGUUGUGGACCAUGAAAAUAAUCUCAUCAUUGUUCAUCCGGACAUACUGGUUUCUGGAACUCGUGUUGCUGCUAGUUUCGGCUGCCCUAGGAGAUCUGUACUGGAUGAGAGGCUAAAGAGCAAUGAGCAUUCAGUUGCAGCUCUAAUUGGUACCUUGCUUCAUCAAAUUUUUCAGGCUGGACUUCUAAGAGAGUUACCUACAAAAGAUUUUUUGGAGGAAUAUGCAAGGACAGUGCUCCAGAAAAACAUUGACAGCUUGUAUGCAUGUGGAGUAAACGAGGACGAAAUACACAAAACACUGAUUGAUGCAAUUCCAAGAAUAUUAAAUUGGCUCCUUUGCUUUAUGGGUUUGAAGGAUUCAAAAAUACCUGAAGUUGAUUUUGGAUCAAAUAAUGGACAAAAAAAGGUUAAUGUAACUGAGGUGAUAGAUAUUGAAGAGAUGGCAUGGGCACCAAGAUAUGGUUUGAAAGGAAUGAUUGACGCUUCCAUACGAGUAAGAGUAGAUUCAAACAUCAAUGGAGCUGAUGAGAAAAUUAUGCCUUUAGAAUUUAAGACUGGGAAAGGAACUAGUGGUCAGUCUGCUAUGGAACAUUGCGCCCAGGUGAUCUUGUACACUCUUCUAAUGUCCGAGAGAUACCUGAAGCAUAUUGAUUCUGGUCUUCUUUACUAUCUCCAUACAGAUCAGACACAGGGAAUUGCGGUUCAAAGAUCUGACUUGAUUGGGCUAAUCAUGCGCCGAAAUGAACUUGCCAAUGAUAUUCUGAAGGCAUCAACAUUACAACAAUUACCUCCAAUGUUGCAGAGUCCAAACACAUGCAGAAGUUGUCGCCACCUCAAUGCUUGUACCAUCUAUCAUAAGGCACAUGGUGGGAACAGGGAGAGUAGUGGACUGGGUGAUUUGUUUGAUUCACAUGUUGAGCACUUAACCAGCAUCCACUUUGAUUUCCUUAGGCAAUGGGAACGGUUAAUUGACUUGGAAGCUAAAGUGACACAGGUUGCAAAGAACAAAAUCUGGCAGUCACAUAGCCUAAAGAGUGAAAAUUCUGCCAAUGGCCUUUCUUCAGUUAUCCUUGAUGCUUCAAAUAAACUCUCCCAAAAUGAGUAUCCUAAGGAUGGCCGGUACAUUUAUCGUUUUGUUCGUCAAGAUUUGCCUCAUCAUAAUAUAGAAACACAUGAUGUAGACACAAAUGAAGCUGGCUCUUCUCCAAUGAGCAAUCUGGAUUGCACACUUAGAAGUGGGGAUUAUGUGGUUCUCAGCACAGAGUCUGGGCAUGUAGCCAUUGCAAAUGGAGUCAUAACAGAUAUUAGUCGUGUCCAUGUUUCUGUUUCCUUUUCCAGACGCUUAAGGCUUCCAGGGAGCAAUCGUGCUUCAGAUAUAGGUGAUCUCCUUCAGACGGUUUGGCGUAUUGAUAAGGAUGAAGUUAUUACCUCCUAUGCAAUAAUGAGAUUCAACCUCAUACAACUGUUUUCCCAAAGUGCACAAGGUUCUCACCUAAGGAAGAUGAUUGUUGAUCUUGAGGCACCCAGGUUUGAUAGUGGAGGUAUAUUCAGUCAGGAUCCUGCAAUAUCUUAUGUACGGUCGGAGAAAAGUUUAAACAAUGAUCAGCGAAGAGCCAUCCAAAAGAUACUUACAGCAAAGGAUUAUGCUCUUAUUCUUGGAAUGCCUGGAACAGGCAAGACAUCCACUAUGGUGCAUGCUGUGAAGGCAUUGCUAAUGAGAGGUGCAUCUAUUUUGCUGACGUCAUAUACAAACUCAGCUGUUGAUAAUUUGCUUAUCAAAUUGAAAGCUCAGGGCAUUGAUUUUGUACGACUUGGAAGAUAUGAAGCUGUGCACGAGGAAGUUCGGGGACAUUGCCUUUCAGCAAUGGACAUACACACUGUGGAUGACAUUAAACUAAGAUUGGACCAAGUCAAUGUUGUAGCAGUGACUUGUUUGGGGAUAACCCAUCCUGUGCUUGCUAACAAGAGUUUUGACGUAUGCAUAAUGGAUGAAGCUGGACAGACUACCCUGCCUGUGUCUUUGGGGCCCUUGAUGUUUGCUUCAAAAUUUGUCCUUGUUGGAGACCAUUACCAGCUACCUCCACUUGUCCAAAGUGUUGAGGCUCGUGAAAAUGGAAUGGGGAUAAGCUUGUUUUGCAGGCUUUCAGAAGCACAUCCACAGGCAAUUUCAGCUUUGCAGUCCCAGUAUCGCAUGUGUGCUGGAAUAAUGGAACUAUCAAAUGCCCUAAUAUAUGGGAAUAGAUUGCGUUGUGGUUCCUCUGAAAUAGCGAAUGCCAAGCURAAGUUUUUAGGUGCAGAGCCUAUGACAUCAUGGCUGAAAGAGGUCUUGAAUCCAAGCAGAUCAGUUAUAUUUAUCAACACAGAUAUGUUACCUGCUUUGGAAACGAAAGAUCAAAAUGCUGUUAACAACCCUUUGGAAGCUUACAUUGUUGCAGAGGUCACUGAAGAACUAGUGAACAAAGGCAUUAUUGGGGAAGAUAUUGGUAUCAUCACUCUUUACAAUUCUCAGGCAAAUCUUAUCCGACGUGCUGUCUCUGCAACAUCUGUGGAGAUCCAUACCAUUGACAAAUAUCAGGGACGGGAUAAGGACUGCAUAUUGGUAUCCUUUGUAAGAUCUAGCGAAAAUCCAAGAUCCUGUAUAUCUUCACUUCUCGGAGACUGGCAUAGGAUCAAUGUAGCUCUAACACGUGCCAAGAAGAAGUUGAUUAUGGUGGGGUCAUGCAAAACUCUGUCAAAGGUUCCACUGUUGAAGCUUCUGAUAGAAAAGGUUGAUGAGCAAUCUGGCAUUUUGAGCGUCUCUAAGAAGGAUAUCAAUAAUUCACCUAAACUGAAGAGAUGCUCUCAUCCAAAUGGUGUACAAUAAUGCAUCAAACCCCCUUCACCAAUUUUGUAUAUUAAAAUUCUGUGAUUAUUUUUUUGUUCAAUUGGCAGUGUGCAAUAGUUCAUUGAUCUGCCUUUCUGCCAAAGGUUUUCUGAAAAUUUUGUAAUCAUUGUGUUUAAUUCAGAAAUGUAAAUAUGAUUAAGUGUUCAGUGA